AUGGCGCGAUUCAAGGUAACGAUUGCGGUAUUUUGCGUACUGCUGAUAGGUCAGCAAGUUACUGCAGUUAUAAACAAGGCUCCUUCGACAACAGAAGAUGAUGAAAAAAGUGACUCCGUAGCUGCAGAAGAUAGAAUUAGUGACUCAUUUGGACCACCUGUUGAUGAUUAUGGACCACCACCGAGUUCUGGUUUUAUUGGCCCAGCACCCGUUUAUGGACCACCUGAACUGACAGGAGAUCAUCGUCCACCUCAAGUUUAUGAUCCACUUCCAGCAGAAAGACCUCCACCACCUAGUUCUUCUUAUGGAUUACCAAGCAAGCCAAAACCUCAAUACGGCCCACCAAAAUCGACUUAUGGACCACCAAAAUCGAAUUUCCGUCCAGGAAAGCCAAAACAUGGUCCUUCUAAAUUGCAAUACGGACCCCCAAAAUCACAGUACAGUCUUCCUAAACCUCAGUAUGGACCACCUAAACCCCAAUAUAGUCCGUCUAAGCCUCAAUAUGGUCCUCCUAAAUUACAAUACGGUCCACCUAAACCUCAAUAUGGACCACCUUCAAGUAGGUUGCCAAAGCCUGAGUAUGGUCCACCGUCGAAAUUCAAUGGAGCUCCAUCUCCACAGUACGGUUCUCCAGCCCACGGUCCUCCUAUUCCUCUAUCAGACACAUAUGCACCACUGAGGAAACCAACAGCAUCAUUUGUAUCGAAACCUCAAAAUGAUUAUGGCCCACCACCUGCACAACAACAACAGUUUGGAUCUCCAGGUAAUAACGAUAUUUAUGGACCUCCGCUACCUCCUGCUGCGGGAGUUCCAGCUCCACCUACUCCUCCGGAUAUCAAAUACGACGGUUGGCAACCAAUUGCUGGACAUGUAAGUGUUCCACAACAACAGCUACCCCCAUCAGAUAAUUAUGGACCACCACCACCGCCUUCAAAUGACUAUGGUGUUCCUCCGCCAUCGAAUGACUACGGUGUUCCUCCGCCAUCGAAUGACUACGGUGUUCCUCCGCCAUCGAAAGAUUACGGAAUUCCUCCGCCAUCGAAUGACUACGGUGUUCCUCCGCCAUCGAAUGACUACGGUGUUCCUCCGCCAUCGAAAGAUUACGGUAUUCCUCCGCCAUCGAAUGACUACGGUGUUCCUCCUCCAUCCAAUGAUUAUGGUCCCCCAUUAGCUAGUGGUACUCCCAACUUCGAAGCUGAUGGACGUGGCUCUGACAUCGGUCAUGUAAAUCCAGUCAUAACAAAUCCUAAUAUUCCACAUGAUUCUUACGGAAUUCCACUUGCAAAUCCUGAAGAUCACAAUUUGAAACAAACAGUUUCGCAAUCAACUAAAUCACAUGAAAGUGAUGGGUUACCACCUCCGCCUCUUCCUCAGAAUGAACCUAUACAUAACAUUCAACCACCUAUUGCAAGUUCUCCAUCAAAUCAAAUAGACCAUCACCAUUCUGGUGGACAAUUUGGUAAUGGCUUGUCAAUAGUUAAAACAGUUGGUUACGAAUUAUUACCAAAUCCAGGUGCAUUACAAGGGGGAUCACUUAAAAACAGAUACGGGACUCCUGCCUUUGGAAAUUCACAUUCAGGAGGCGAUGACUUAUCUCUGCAACAACUGCCAGCACCUUCAGGAAACUAUGGUCCACCAUCUUUCUCAUCUAGUGGUACAUUUUCUUCGUCAGGCCAUCAUGGCGGAAGUUUUUCAUCGUUUAACCACUUUGGCACAGGUUUUCAGAAAAACAGAAAUCGUAAUCGAGGAGGACAUCGAUCAGGAUCGCCACCUGGAGGAUUUAUUCCACCUCGAAGACCACCAUCAAAAUUCAGAGAUUCGGUACCAGCUGGGUUGUUUAAUAAUUUGAAUAAAUACCUUCCUCCUUCUUCAGUAAAACCACAUAAGACUUAUGGUGUACCAGAAAUUCAAGACCAACAACUGCCAAGUUUACAAGGUUCAUCAUCAUUCCCUGGUUCUAGUUCUAGUUCUUUUGCCUCUAGUUCAUUCGGAAAAUCUAAUUCAAUCGUCGGACAAGUUCCAUUGGCCGCGCCCAACGUUAACUAUGGAACACCAUUGUCAUUUAAUGAUUUUAAUACACCUGCUCCAUCUUUAACAUAUGGAGCCCCAAACUUUAAGGGUCCAUCAUCUCUAGGCUCUGGUGGUAAUUUAUACAGCGGUAUUGAAAACUCAAUUGUACCGACUUAUGGUACUCCAGCAGGCAAUGGUUACGAUUGUCAAAACAAUGGUGGUAGUUUCGUUAGUAGUCAACCUUUAAAUUUGGGAUUAUCUAAUCAAAAUAGUUUUGUCAAUGCAGGAGGUUUGAGUUUAGAAUAUGGAACUCCAGAUAAUAGUGUAGGAAAUGCAUUAGGUUCAAAUUACGCUACUCCAAAUAUGAAUCAACUUGAAUUACAAAGCCAUAAUCAACAAGGAGGAGAUUUAAGGGAUAGUUAUGGUAAUCCUAUUGAUGUCCUGCAUGGAGCUGCUGAUCAAUCUGGUGCAGCUGGAAGCAAUCUUGUUCAGUCAGUCACGGGAGAAUUCUCAGAUGUUUCAAGUCAUAGCCAAAAUUCCUUGUCGGCAGAUUCGUCUCUUCAGGGAUCUGAUGGUAUUACAGCUGAAGCACUAACAGCAGCGUUGACAGCACAGGGUUAUAGCACAGAAGCAAAAAAUAUUGUACCAUCUACUGAAGUUGACCCUACUCAAUUCAUCAAGUCAGAAGAGGGUGGACAAGCUCUUGCUCUUGCACAAACUCUGUCUUCUGAUGGUGAUGGAUUCCAAAUUCAAGGAUCUCAGGGUACCUAUACUCUUCAAAUUCAAUCCGCUGAUAGUUAUGGAGCUGAAGCUUCUAAUGGUAACAUCAGACACGACCAAGUCUUAUCAAAUGGUCUUCUGCAGAACAUUUUAGCUGCCAUUGAACAACCUACUGGUGGACAAAUUCAAAUACAAAUGCCUCAAUCGCAGGCGUAUGAUCAGUCUUAUGGCUCUGAUUUAGCACUUGCUGCAAGUUCAUCCAUUCCCGCAAGUCAAUCAAAAGGUAAUGGAGAGCAUAAGCAGUCGAGGAGCGACACGAGUCCAAUCGAUUAUGAUGGUCAAGAUCAAGAGGGUAAUGCAUCUGAAGAAAGCAAAGUAGCAUUAUACUUUAAUAAAGAAGUGAGAUCUACAUCUAACAAUGAAAAACAAGCUGACUCUGUAUCGAAUGAUCAGACAAAUCAAGAAAAUGAGAAAUCGACGUAA